AUGGACGUCAGACAGCCUGCCGAAUAUCCCGGCGACUCCCGUCGGCCUGAGAACGAGGUCAAUCCCAAUGAUGGAGAUCUUGCCCGGAUGUUCGAAGGAAUGCCAAUCAACAAGAAGCAAUUCGUCACUGAAGCCCCAACGGAGCCAUUUAAGCUUACUUACAUCGACGUCACGUGCCUAGUAAUAAACAGAAUGAUAGGGACCGGAAUCUUCGAUAGCCCCAAGGCGGUGAUGAUGGGAGUCGGCAGUCCGGGCAUUGCAAUCCUCUUCUGGCUCUGCGGCUGUGUCUAUGCUCUCGCCGGAGCUCAAGUCUACGUCGAGUAUGGGCUGAACGUACCGCGGUAUGUAAUCGACGGUGUCGAGCAAUCUGUCCCACGAUCGGGAGGCGACCUCCAUUAUCUCCAAUACGUUUUCCCAUGGCCGCGGUAUAAGAAAGGCAUAGUGAUGCUCAGCGGUGUCUUAUAUGGCAUCAGCUUCAUCUGUAUCGGAAACAUGGCCGGUAAUUGCAUCAAUUGCGCGUUUCGCCUCGUCGAGGCUGCGAACCCCGGAAAGAAGCCUAGCGAUCUGAACGAGGGAACCAUCCGUGGUAUCGCUAUCGUCAUUGCGAUAUUUCCAUGCUUGAUCCACGCCUUCUCUCGCCGGGGUGGCAUCUUGCUCAACAACUUACUUGCCUUCAUCAAGGUCUUGAUGCUGAUCUUCAUGAUCAUUGCCACCUGGGCCGUUGCUGGUGGGCCGAAGGGGGUGGAAGGGAUCCCCGACGUGCCAGAAGACCUAACCCAUGAACCAGAGCCCUACGAUGAGGGUAACGCCCAUGCACAGGCCUUCCUAUCUAUCAUCUUUGCCUUUUCUGGUUUUAACCAGCCAAACUAUGUUCUAGGAGAAAUCAAGCACCCGCGGAGGACUUAUCCUCGAUCCAUGUGGUGGGGUGUCAGCCUUGUGUCGAUAUUAUAUAUGGCCGUCAACAUCUGCUAUGUAAGCUUUGCACCGGCUGUCUCUAAGUUAUGCAUGGCAUCCUUGAUUGACCCAUAUCCAUUACAGAUGAUAGUCGUCCCAAAAGAAGACCAACAGAAAAGAAACGUGGCACAGGCCUUUUUCUACACCGUCUUCGACGCUACUACCCAACAAGAACAGUACACAAUCAAGCGUGCUGUUAACGCAUUCCUAGCUAUCUCAGCGUUCGGCAACAUUGUUGUCAUGACAUACACGGCAGCACGUAUGAAGCAAGAAAUUGCGAAGCAGGGUUUCCUACCUUUUACAAGCUUCUUUGCCAAGAACAGAGACGUCAGUCUGGGCAAGUUCCUUAUGUGGCUUGAAAGAGGAGAACGAAAAUCAACAAACCAGCCUGUGGGGAACGGGCAGGGGUAUGACCCACGGAAGGUCGCUGGUAAUCGUAAAAAAGGCUCCCGUUUCUUCAUGUUUCUCAACCCUUCCAACCACCGAGAGAAGACGCCUGUCGGUGCUCUCGUCCUCCAUUUUGCUAGCUGUAUCGUGCUUAUCCUGGCCACGUACAACAGCUCAGCGGAGAAUGCCUACGCAGUCCUUUCCAGACUUGUCGCUUAUUUGACAUCAGCAUGGUUUGGAUUCUUCCUUUCCCUCGGCAUAUUGAUUCUACGGUUCCGUGGGCCCCCAACAACACAGCCUACCCUGACACGUCAACACCGUGAAGUCCUGAAUCAGGGGACCUUCCAAAGGAGCUGGGCUUGGAUGACUCGGGGGUCAGUGAAUUCCAAGUUGAGUAUCCUUUGCGGCGGCCUCUAUCUCGUUGGGAAUCUAUACCCAAUCAUCACGGGUUGGGUCCCAUAUAAUCUGGAAUCCCCGGCCUGGUGGGUGGUGCCGGUCAUUUCGUGGUGCGUAUUGAGUUUCGCGGCCCUUUGGUUUCUGGGUUUUAUCGGUGUGGCCAAAUACAAGUGUCACACCGGCCGAAGCAAGUUCAUCUACUUGUGUGAGCCUGAAUUUGGUUUGGCUGAGAGCUCUGAAUAUCGGAAAAGGUCUGGUGGUUGUAGUGACUUGCCUAGUAGUGAGUGUGGUGGGAGGGGCCAUCAUGGCGGGCUUGUUCUUUUGCACGAAACCAUCUACACAGGGUGGGAAGGCAUUGAGACGGAGCAAAUGUUCAGCCACGGGGCCGAUAUAACUGAUGACAUCUUACACCCAGCCCAGUCGAUGCCGGUACACGGUGGUGAGAAACGGCGGUCAGUUGAUCCAGCAGUCAGUUUGUAUGAGGACACGGAUUUUCCAGAAUUCGCGCAGCAAGAAACUCCAGUUCACGAACCAGAACUGGUGUCUAACACGCUAUCUACCCCAGUGCAGAAUGAUCAAAAUGGAGCGGGACGAGGUCUACCGUAA